GGAGGACUCGUGGCAUUUACAAAGUAGGACUUGUUCGGGCCCCUGCCUUCACACUCGUCGAAAGGUUCUUUUGAAGAUUCAUUUGUCGAUCGGCAUCAGGCAGCCAAAUCUCAUUAAUAAAAAAAACGACAAGAUGGCUUCGACCGAGGCUUCCAAGGCUCCAAUCAAGGUAUACGGUACCUUCAGUAAGAUGCCUGCUAUUUCAGAAGGCGCUCGUGUCGAGAAACGCCCUCUAACCAGGCGCCAGCCUCCAGCAUCAUCCAAAUCUCGCAUCAUAUACGUGUCUUCAAGGACACCAUUCAUGGCUGUGGUCAAACGCGCCCGUAAACAGCUUGACGACUCACUCAAGACCACCGACGCAGCACCCAAGUACGCGUCCCUACAUUCGCGUGUCGAGGCGCUGCAGCGAAAUAGCGGUGGAGAUGCAGACAGUGCUUCCGUGACACUCGCAGGAACGGGUAGAGCUAUUGAGAAGAUCCUCGCGGUCGCGAGUUGGUUUGAACAGGAGGGAGACUGUGAGGUGGAGAUCACAACAGGAACCAUCGGAGCCGUGGACGAUGUGGUCGCCAGUGGAGACGAGGAGGAUCAGAGUCGCCUGAGGAAGCUCAGUUGUCUGGAACUCCGGAUUAAGCUCAAGUGAGAUAGGUCCGUAGGCACGGCGAUAAGGGUUCAGGGACACGGCAGCAAGACUGUGUUGCAUCAGAUCUACAAGAGCAAAGUCCACGGCGUCCGAGUCGGAAUGCGCGGGUAUGCAUAACGGCCA